UCACGAGAAUCGCAGAGCGACCACCUCGAUAUCAAACAAAAUGGCCUCAUAUCCUAAGAAGAAGUGCGUGCUAAUAACAUCCAGGUGUUUUGGCGCCACCGGCUCCGUGGGCCAGCGGUUUAUCCUCCUGCUUGCUGACCACCCUUUCCUGGAGCUGCACGCCGUCGGUGCGUCUGAGCGUUCUGCGGGCAAACAGUACAAGGAUGCCGUGAGGUGGAAGCAGUCUACGGCUAUGUCGGAGAAGCUUAGCACACUCGUCCUUCGCGACUGCAAGGCUGAACAGUUCGCUGACUGCGAUCUCGUCUUCUCUGGACUCAACAGCGACAUUGCGGGUGACGUUG